GUAACGCAUUUCUUAAACCCUAGCAAGUAGCAGCACAUUCCCCUGGUCUCUACUCCCUAAAGAAGGCACUCAACUCGCCUGCGAUGGCGGAGUCAGAUACGGAACUCGGCGUAGAGAGCGAUUGUGUGGCGGAGGAGGAGCCGCCCUCACAGUUAGCUUCCGACUUGAAUGGAGCUACUCAGCAACUACAAACGCCGGAAGAGCUUGUGGCCAGAGCUAUUGCUCCGAUAAAACGGGAAUUUCUUCGACCCCCACCCUCUAGAACCACUCAAAACAAUGCAAGUUCAGAUGCCGACUCGAAACCGUCUCAGUCAAGCUUAGUCAAGGACAAGAAAUCCAAGCGCCAGCUCAAACGGGAGCGUCGUCAAGAACAAAAAUCUGCACUGAAUCUAUGUCCAGAGGUAUCAAAGUCUGGAGAUUUAAGUGCCUGUCCUUAUGGCGAUAAAUGCCGCUACAGCCAUGACAUUGAAGCCUUUAAGGCUCAGAAACCAGCUGACUUGGAGGGUGACUGCCCAUUUCUGAGUGUGGAUGGACCAUGCCCUUUUGGUUUAACAUGCAGGUUCUUGGGCACACAUAAGGAUGGUGCUACUGCUCGUAAUCCUAAUGCGCUUAAGAAAACUUCUGAGAUCAAUGGGCUGAAUAAAGAUGUUCAGAAACUUCUGUGGAAAAAUAAAGUGCGCUUCACUAAGGCAGAUGCCAUACUUAAGUCUCUUGGACUUAUGGGGCCCAACUCAAAAAAGAAAAAGUUGGAAGCUGAAGAGAAAGACCAGAUUGUGCUCAAUAAUGCUCAUGCUACUGACACAAACAAAUCUUCCAUGAAAGUGACUGGUGACUCUGUAGACAAUGCUGAAUGCUGCCUAAAAUCUAUUGGAGCAGAAAAUGUGGAUGAGAUGUUGUGUUCAACUGAUGAACUUAGGCCAUCAAAGAAAGCAAAAUCUUUAGCUAAUGAAAAGUGUUGCGAUGGUGAAGUAGAUGAUGGUGCAAUGGUUUUAGAUAAUGAUUCUGAGAAAAGCUCUGCACAAACUGAAUCAGUGCCUACAGCAGAUGAUGCACUUGCAGAACCUGAUGAAACCCUCAAGAUACACCCUCGUGAAAAGAAACUUAUUGACUUCAGAGGAAAGCUGUAUCUUGCUCCUCUAACCACUGUAGGGAACCUCCCUUUCCGAAGGGUUUGUAAAGUAUUAGGUGCAGAUGUAACAUGCGGUGAAAUGGCAAUGUGCACAAAUCUUUUGCAGGGUCAAGCUUCAGAAUGGGCUCUGCUGAGGCGACAUCCUUCUGAGGACUUGUUUGGUGUCCAGAUAUGUGGAGCAUAUCCAGAUACCAUUGCACGUACUGUUGAACUUAUAGAUAAGGAAUGUACAGUGGAUUUCAUUGAUAUUAAUAUGGGCUGCCCAAUUGAUAUUGUUGUUAACAAGGGUGCUGGAUCAUGCCUUCUUACAAAACCUAUGCGAAUGAAAAGCAUUAUUGAAGCUGCCUCUGCAACAGUGGAGACGCCUAUAACUGUUAAGGUACGGACAGGUUAUUUUGAAGGAAAAAACCGCAUUGAUUCAUUAAUAGCAGAUAUUGGCUACUGGGGUGCCAGGGCAGUCACAGUACAUGGUCGAUCACGCCAACAACGUUAUAGCAAACUUGCUGAUUGGGACUACAUAUACCAAUGUGCCAAGAAGGCCCCUGAUACUCUGCAAGUUUUGGGAAAUGGUGAUAUUUUUUCUUUUGGAGACUGGAACAAGCAUGUUUCUGACUGCCCUGAGCUAUCAUCAUGCAUGAUUGCUCGAGGGGCACUACUUAAGCCUUGGAUAUUUACUGAAAUCAAGGAACAAAGACACUGGGAUAUAACGUCUGGGGAGCGGUUGAAUAUUUUGAGGGAUUAUGUACAUUUUGGUCUUGAACAUUGGGGCUCUGAUACAAAAGGUGUUGAGAAAACUAGGCAUUUCUUAUUGGAAUGGCUGAGCUACACAUGUAGAUAUAUUCCUGUUGGUCUUUUAGAUGUCAUCCCUCAACGGCUUAACUGGCGUCCACCAUCCUACCAUGGCCGAGAUGACCUUGAGACUCUAAUGGCCUCAGAUUCUGCAGCUGAUUGGAUAAGAAUAUCAGAAAUGUUGCUGGGCAAGGUUCCUGAUGGCUUCACAUUUGCACCAAAGCACAAAUCAAAUGCUUAUGAUCGAGCAGAAAAUGGUUAAUAUCCACGAAUUUUUUUGUUGCGUUAUUCUUACACCGAUACACUUGUUUACUUCCAGAGGCACAGCCAGAAUAAUUGGCAGAUGCAUGCUGCCCUCCACUUUUAUCAAGAAAUUUGGUCGUUUUUGUAUUGACAGACAUUGAUAUCUACUCUCAACUAUGAUGUGAGGAAUCAGGUUCAUCUUACCCAAAAUUUUGUACUGCCAACUCAUAAUUUUACAACAAUGUGCUUGAGAUAAUAUCUAGAUUUAGGCCUUUUGUAACUCAAUUUUAAAUUGCAACUAUUCAGGAAAAUAAUAUGCCAAUUUACAU